AUGUUGAUGGAGUUCUUCUCGUCGGUCCCUGCGCACUCGAUAACCACAGCCUCUUUAGCAAAGAGCACCGUUCUGGCUUCAAAAGCGGGUGGCACCGUACGCACCUUCCAUGUAAGGUUCAAACGAUGGAAACGAUGGGCUUUGUCAAAUUACGUCUGCUGUUUUCCUAUUAAUUCCUUUCAAGUCGCAGUUUACUCACAGUGUCUGCUUAAUGAAGCUCCUUCUCUAGCUCCAAUUCUUAGCGCUGUUUACAGCAUUGAUUGGGCGCAGCAGAUGGCUGGUUUAUCAAAAAUGUCCACACACCCUCUGGUUUCUUCGAUGUUUAACGCAUCUCAGAGAAUUUUGGGUAGGCCAAAGGUCAAAAAGUAUCCCGUGACCCACGAGAUGUUACAAGUGUUCGUGAAAUCAAAGAUAACAGAUAAGUCUCCGUCUCUUCCUGAUCUCAGAUCAGUCGCCCUCUGCUUAAUUGCCUGCGAUGUAAAUUUUUUCCCCUCGUGCGUUUCUGUUUCCCUCGAAUCUUCCAAGACAGAUCAAUUCCGAGAUGGGUCGUGGCUUAUUCUCGCAAGGUCAGACCUUCAGACUUCCAAACGACUGCACAUCCUCAAGGUUUUGAAGCGCGUUGGAGUCCCUCCAAUGGAUCUUGUCACCGUCUAUAGCGCUCUGGUUCGCUCUGUUCUAGAGCACUCUUCUGUUGUCCGGGCUACCUGCCUUCCUCGCUUCCUCAUUGAGCAGCUCGAGGCUAUUCAGAAGAGGGCCCUGCGAAUCGUAUAUCCUGACCUCCACUAUUAA